AUUAAGAUAUUUACUUUAGUUAAUGCAUUCACUGAGACACGGAUGUUUUUGUGCGUGGUCUGACUCAAUUCAUCAACAGACUGUUGUUGUUUUUUGACCCUAAUCGAUCUCAAGAACAUUUUGUUUGUCUACUGCUAGUCUUGUUGUUAUUGAUCAGUCUUAUUUUUUUCAUAAGCUUAUGUCUCUACAUAAAGUUUAUCUGGCACAUUACAAAAGUACCUACUACUGGUCACUUGACCCUGUGGCAAUGAACGCAAAGAAAUGUAGGUAGCAAAUUAAACUUUCUGUAAUUAGUUACCGGCAUUAUCACCGAAGCAAUUUUUUGUCAACCCUAUUGUUUUUUUUAAGAUUAAGACACUCGCAGAUAUUUAUGGCUCCCCAGGAGUUGGGCCGGAGCCGUAGGCUGGUGAUAACUUGUGAUCUGAUAGUCUACAAUUGGCUGAUUAAGUUAUUAGCUUUAAUAUAAUAUUACGGCACAAUAAAAAGACCUGCGAGAAGCAUCCAAGAUGGCGGCGAAGCCAGUGACGUCAAAGAUCAUCAACUCGCCGGAGACGUGCGUGGACGACAACCUGCAUGGUCUGGUGGCCAUGUACCCCAUGCUACGCUUACACCCGAUGCACAGAGUUGUCACGGUCCGAUCACAGACGGUUACUGGAAAAGUUGCAUUAAUCGGAGGUGGAGGUUCAGGACAUGAACCUUUUGCAGCAGGUUUCGUCGGAUCAGGAAUGCUGGAUGGGUCCAUAGCCGGCGGCAUAUUCGCUUCCCCACCGACCGGCAACGUUUUGUAUACCAUCGCAUAUCUUGCCCAGUAUAAUAAAGGAGGUUGCCUCGUCUUGAUCGGGAACUACACUGGUGACAGACUGAACUUCGGUAAGGCCAUCGAAAAGGCUAAACUGGCUGGAAUUAAGGCAGAAGGAGUGAUAUUAGGUGAAGAUGUCGCAUCCAGUCACAACAAGACUGGAGGUCGAGGCAUGUUGUCCGAAGUCUUCUUAUUCAAGAUGUGUGGCGCUAUGGCCGCCCAAGGUGCCGACCUGACAUCAAUGAGGGACGCGGCGGCCGAGGCUGUCAAGUACAUGGGCACUCUUGGAGUCUGCAUCAGCCCCUGUUCUUUGCCGGGUCAGCCACCUUUAUUCGAGAUCGCACACGGCGAGAUGGAGUUAGGAGCUGGUGUGCACGGAGAAGCGGGUAUUUCAAAAGAGCAAAUCGGCACCGCCAAGGAGGUGGUCGGAUUGAUCCUCGAAAAGAUUGUAGAUUACUUGAAACUGGCACCUGGAAAUAGAGUGGUAGCCAUGAUCAACAAUUUGGGAGGAACUUCUAUUCUGGAGAUGAACAUCAUUAGCAAGGAAAUAAAGGAUUAUCUAGACUGCAAGAAAAUCAAAUUAGAACGUAUAUACUCUGGGCACAUGAAGUCUUCGCUAGAAAUGCACGGCUUCCAAAUCUGUUUGCUACACCUCCCUGAGGAUAAAGCGGACGUGUGGUUGGGGUAUUUGGACGCCCCAACGAAUGCCCCCGCCUGGCCGGGAGGCGAGGCUUCCGUGGGAAACGGGGGCAGUGGCACUGACGUCGUUUUGACUCAAAAACUGUUAACGGAUGAGAAGAUGAAAGCGUCAGGAGGGCCGUCCCUCUCUGCCAAAGGGCAGGACAUCCUUCGGAACUGCCUGACGACAGCUGCGCGGGAGUUAGAGAAGAACGAGGCGCUGUUAAACAGGCUCGACUCGGGCUGCGGCGACGGGGACUGCGGGAACACCCUCAAGAAGUUUGCCCAAGCCGUUUUGACGUAUGUGGAAGAAGCACCCAUGGCUGAGCCCGCCAGCGUUCUGUGGGACUUAUCGGAGGCGGCCGAGAGAGACAUGGGCGGCACGUCGGGCGGCAUCUACAGCUUGGGACUGGCUGCUGCUUCACAGGCUCUGUCCACCGCCAAAUCAAACGACUUGGCAUCAUGGGUUACCGCAUGGGAGAGCGCCAUGGCGGCCAUCAACAAGUACGGAGGCGCCGAGCCCGGAGACAGGACGAUGUUGGACACCUUACACUACGCUGCGCAAGCGCUCAAACAGAACAUAAAGGGUGAUCUGAAGACUGCGCUGCUUUCGGCUAGCGUAGCGGCUGAUAAUGGCGCCAAGGCUACCGCUGCGAUGACCGCCAGGUGAGAUAUGGCUGGCUAACGGGUUAGACCUUAUAAAGAAGCUCUUAAGUUGAAGUUAAAAUACAGUUUAAGUACAGUAAAAGGUAUAAAAUAUGCCCGGUGUUUCUUAAGACCUCCGCUUAAUCUCGGGCGCUCUUGCGUACUUAAGUAAAAACCAAAUAUAAAAAUAU